GGUGAUUUUGUGUAAUUUUGGGGUAAUUUUGGCCGAUUUUGGGCUGAUUUGGGCCGUUUUUGGCUGCCAGGGGGGCGGCCCCUCCCCGACGUCUCCGUGCGGGUGCUCGAGGGUUCCCACCCCAAACUGAGCUCCAGCGAGGCCACGGCCCGGUGAGCACCAGUACAGACCAGUACAGACCAGUAUAGACCAGUAUAGACCACAACAAACUCCUAUAAACCAGUACAGACCAGUAUAAACCAGUACAGACCAGUAUGAGCCACUGGAGGCCAAUAGGGACCAGGAUGACCCAGUCUGGCCCCAUCCCAGUGGCUCCCAGUCCCUCCCAGUUUGUCCCAGUCCAUCCCAGUCCCUCCUUUACUGGUCUUCCAGUUUGUCCCAGUGGCUCCCAGUCCUCUCCCAGUCCCUCCCAGUCCCCCCCAGUCCCUCCCAGUCCAUCCCAGUUCAUCCCAGUCACUCCCAGUUUGUCCCAGUCCCUCCCAGUCCCCGCCCCGUCCCUCCCAGUCCCUCCCAAUCCCCUCCCAGUCCCUCCCAGUCCCUCCCAGUCCCCUCCCAGUCCCUCCCAGUCCCCUCCCAGUCCCUCCCAGUCCCCCCCAGUCCCCUCCCAGUCCCUCCCAGUCCCCCCCAGUCCCUCCCAGUCCAUCCCAGUUCAUCCCAGUCACUCCAAGUUUGUCCCAGUCCCUCCCAGUCCCCUCCCAGUCCCCUCCCAGUCCCUCCCAAUCCCCUCCCAGUCCCUCCCAGUCCCUCCCAGUCCCCUCCCAGUCCCUCCCAGUCCCUCCCAAUCCCCUCCCAGUCCCUCCCAAUCCCCUCCCAGUCCCUCCCAAUCCCUCCCAGUCCCUCCCAAUCCCUUCCCAGUCCCUCCCAAUCCCCUCCCAAUCCCCUCCCAGUCCCUCCCAGUCCCUCCCAGUCCCCUCCCAGUCCCUCCCAGUCCCUCCCAAUCCCCUCCCAGUCCCUCCCAAUCCCCUCCCAGUCCCCUCCCAAUCCCCUCCAGUCCCUCCCAUUCCCCUCCCAGUCCCCCCCAGUCCCUCCCAGUCCCUCCCAGUCCCCUCCCAGUCCCCCCCAGUCCCCCCCAAUCCCCUCCCAGUCCCUCCCAGUCCCCUCCCAGUCCCUCCCAGUCCCCCCCAGUCCCUCCCAGUCCCCUCCCAGUCCCCUCCCAGUCCCCCCCAGUCCCUCCCAGUCCCUCCCAGUCCCCUCCCAGUCCCCCCCAGUCCCCCCCAAUCCCCUCCCAGUCCCUCCCAGUCCCCUCCCAGUCCCUCCCAGUCCCUCCCAGUCCCCUCCCAAUCCCCUCCCAGUUCCCUCCCAGUCCCUCCCAGUCCCCUCCAGCCCCUCCCAGUCCCUCCCAGUCCCUCCCACUCCCCUCCCAGUCCCCCCCAGUCCCUCCCAAUCCCCUCCCAGUCCCUCCCAGUCCCUCCCAGUCCCGCCCAGUCCCUCCCAAUCCCCUCCCAGUCCCUCCCAAUCCCCUCCCAGUCCCCUCCCAAUCCCCUCCCAGUCCCUCCGAGUCCCUCCCAAUCCCCUCCCAGUCCCUCCCAGUCCCCUCCCAGUCCCUCCCAAUCCCCUCCCAGUCCCCUCCCAAUCCCCUCCCAGUCCAUCCCAGUCCCUCCCAAUCCCCUCCCAGUCCCUCCCCAUCCCCUCCCAGUCCCUCCCAGUCCCUCCCAGUCCCCUCCCAGUCCCCCCCAAUCCCCUCCCAGUCCCUCCCAGUAUAACCAGUAUAAACCAGUCUGACCUGUA